AAGAACACAACUCCGCCCAAGUCAAUCGCCAGCCACGAGGUAGACAUGUCUUCUUUCUUCAUUGAGAACAAGUCGGUGGGCGAUUCGCAAAACUCCGAGGACUGGCGAAUUCGAGGCUACAACCCGCUCACCCCGCCGGAUCUGCUCCAACACGAGAUUCCCCAGUCCGCCAAAUCAAAGGAGACUGUUCUCAAGGGCCGCAAUGAGGCCGUUCAAGUGGUACGAGGCGAGGACCCUCAGCAGCGCCUGCUUGUCGUCAUUGGCCCAUGUUCCAUCCACGAUCCCAAAGCCGCGCUCGAAUACUGCGACCGGUUGCUCAAGAUGAAGGAAAAGUACAAGAACGAGCUGCUCAUUGUCAUGCGCUCUUACCUGGAGAAACCGCGAACAACUGUGGGCUGGAAGGGCCUGAUCAAUGACCCAGACAUCGACAACAGCUUCAAGAUCAACAAGGGAUUGCGCGUCUCAAGGCAGCUGUUUGUCGAUUUGACCGAGAAGGGAAUGCCUCUAGCAAGCGAGAUGUUGGAUACCAUUUCCCCUCAAUUCCUUGCCGACAUGCUGAGUGUGGGAGCCAUUGGCGCCAGGACCACCGAAUCCCAGCUUCAUCGUGAACUGGCUUCUGGCUUGUCCUUCCCUGUAGGUUUCAAGAAUGGAACCGACGGCACGUUGGGCGUUGCUAUUGAUGCCAUCGGUUCUGUCAAGCACCCCCAUCAUUUCCUCUCCGUCACGAAACCCGGAGUUGUUGCCAUUGUGGGAACGACGGGUAAUGAGGAUUGCUUUGUUAUCCUGCGCGGUGGAAAUAAGGGUACAAACUACGAUGCAAAGAGCGUCAAGGCAGCCCGCGAGAUGCUCGAAGCGAAGGGUCUCAAUGCCCGCUUGAUGGUGGAUUGCAGCCACGGCAAUUCCGAGAAGCAGCACAAGAAUCAGCCCAAGGUCGCCCACGCGCUCGCUGAGCAGAUUGCCGCCGGCGAGACGGCUGUGAUGGGGGUCAUGAUUGAAAGCCAUAUCCACGAGGGUUCCCAAAAGGUUCCGGCCGAGGGCAAGGAAGGUCUCAAAUACGGUGUGAGCAUUACAGAUGCCUGCAUUAGCUGGGAGGAUACCGAGACGGUGUUGCAGGAGCUCGCGACGGCGGUAGAGAAGAGGAGGUCUCUUUUGGGCGUCAACAGCGCAUAG